CCGCCCGCGAAGUCGAUAAAAGACUCGGGAGGCUCGAUCGUUCUUCCGCGCGCCAGUUGGAGACUCGUCGAGCUCCGGGCACGGCUCAGUGUAACAGUAACACUCUCUUGGGGCUUUUCUACGAUUUCUGUACAGAAAAGAGAACACCUACCUAUAAUACAUUAGUUACGCAUACUCGAAGGUCAGAUCGAGCCUCGAGCGUCACAAUGACGACGAUAGUGGAGGUGCCGCGGGAGAACUUGACAGCCCAGGCCAUCGGCAGGAGGAAUGCCAUCCCCAUCGUUUACACUCGGGGCACCCACUACGAGGUCGGAUUCGACAUAGUGAGUACCUUUUGCACGUAUAUAAUAUGCGUACAGCAUAAUUAGAUGUUGCACAAAACAAACACACGCCCAGAAGUGCAGGCAUAAACGCCUCGUUAGCACCUGGUCGUUAAUAACAGAGCGCUGCCGAGGAAAG